AUGCCAAUAGGUUUGUUAUUCUUCUCUCAUCUAGCAUCAUCAGACCCAGAACCUUGUUUUCAUCUUUUCUCCAACUUUGAAGAAGAAGCUUUAACGGGAACAAUGGAAAAUGAUGAAGAAGGACCAUCCAUCGGAGCAAGACCCAAGCCACCUAAAGGACCAAACCCUCUCAAUCAAUCCAAACGAGAUCUUAAAGCUCGACGAAAGCGUGAAGAAGGCGAGCACUAG